AAUAAUAACUCCAACAAUAACGAUAACAACAAUACAAUAAUGUAUGAAAGUUCGUGUUCAUAUCAUCACCAAGUGACCGGAGCAGCGCUUGAAUUAAAACGUGCUGGAGCACCAGGUCUAACUGGUGGUAGUAUAAAAGCUGAAGAUUGUGGUGCAACAUUAGGUAUAACAGCCACAACACCCACUGCUGUGGGUUCCCCAGAUCCACAUGAUUGGACAGCACCAUAUCGAUUUUGUAAUUCAACAUUCGAACAAUUAAAACAGAGCGUGGAAAAGGCGAAAGCUGCAUUACAAGAUCGAGGAACAUUUUUGGGUGGCAGUAGUGCAUUUAGUGAAUUAUAUUCUGGAGUUCGAACGCAUGAUCCAUUACAAGACGUUACAUCGAGCUUAGGUAGAACAACACGUGACCAUCAAGAAAACAACGCAAACGGCCAACAACAAAACAACGACCAUAAACGAAAUCAUGGACUUGAUCGACUACAUAAUAAUGACAAAAAUACACAACAUAACAAUCACAACAUUACAUCAUCCAAAGGUUACAACACAAACACAGAUCCAUUAAGUCGACCACCAUCCAUUAAAUGUGAUACUUCGUACAAGGGAUCAUGGAGUUCCCAUUCUACAUCACAAAGUCAAGGCUAUGGAACCAACACAUUCUCAGGGAUGUCAAAAGCAUCCUUGGAUCCACACAGUCAUUUACGACAACCUGAUCCAUAUCAAAUGUUUGGUCCGACCAGUAGUCGACUGGCUAGUUCCGGUUCUGGACAAAUCCAAUUAUGGCAAUUUCUACUUGAAUUAUUAAGUGAUUCAUCGAAUGCAGCAUGUAUCACGUGGGAGGGGACAAAUGGUGAAUUCAAAUUAACCGAUCCAGAUGAGGUAGCACGUCGAUGGGGCGAACGAAAAUCAAAACCAAAUAUGAAUUAUGAUAAACUCAGUAGAGCUUUAAGGUAUUAUUAUGACAAAAACAUAAUGACAAAAGUACAUGGUAAACGGUAUGCGUAUAAAUUCGACUUUCAAGGAUUAGCUGCUGCCACACAACCAGCAUCCAGUGAUCCAACAGGGUACAAAUAUCAAAGUGAUCUAUUUAUGAGUUCAUAUCAUCACAGUGCAAAAUUAACAUCAUUCAUGUCACCACAUGCUGCCAUUCCUUCAUCAUCAGCAUCAAUAUUUCAAUCACCAACAUCAUAUUGGAGUAAUCCAGGUGCGAAUUUAUAUUCAAAUAUUGCCGCAUCAGCAGCUAGUCACUCCAUUAGCCAUCAUCCAGGUGGACCACAUUUAGGAGCACCACCGUUAAGUUCAUAUCCACAUUAUGCUUGACCGGUAGGUACAUCACCCUCAGCCACGGUAUCGACUACACCACAUCAUACACCACAAGAUUGGGGUGCUGCAACUGGUGUAACUGCACCAACGGCAGCUAGUUAUCGACGAAUUCAUAUGUAAAAAAUACAAGGGUGAAAAUCAUUUUCAUUUGAAGUGCAAGAAGUGAAGUGAAACAAUAGAUACAGGAUGUCUUGGAAUAACUAUUCUUAAAUUAUAAGUGUGAUAUUGAAAUUUGAUAAA